GUUAAGAGUAGUGGGAGUUGGCACCCAGACCACUCCAAUGAUCAGAAGUGGUCUGGGUGCCUGGAGUGUCCCUUUAAUAUACAUAAAACACACAGUAUCGUUGCUUCUGAUCGCCACAGUCUUUGUUCUUUGUUUUUCUCCUGCAGGUCUGACAUACAUAGAGAAGAGAGAGCUGGGCGGUGUUUGUGGGAAGGGGAGCGGCCAGCUGUGUCUAUAAAGAGGGUGGCUGACAUUGAAAGCAGUCUAAGCACUUACUGACAGCUGACUGAGGUUGGCAGAAUCCGACACGGUGAGCAUACAAUGAUACAUAGCUAAUGGCAGUGGCACUAUCGCCCUUGGCCUGGUUACAUGUGAUAUGAUGGGCGGUAUAGACUCAUGUUAUCAUACAGCUCUACAUGACAUUAAAUAUAUACAGAUAUGGAGGUAGCUCUAUCUGAGAAGCAUGGUCCGAUUGCGCUAACAUCAGAUAUUUUGUGUUCUCUCUUUGUUUGUAGCCAUGACACAAGACACUGCUCUAGAUAUGAAGGACGUGGAGCUGAACGAGCUGGACCCGGAGAAGGUCCCAAUGGCCGCAGAGGCAGGUGACCCCCCGGUUGGUGGAGGGGGAGAGAAAAAUGGGGUGGUCAAGGUGAAACUGGAGGAUGAAGAUGACGAGGGAGUCAGUACUCAGAAAUUCACCGGCCUGUCCAAGGAGGAGCUGCUGAAGGUGGCUGGCACCCCGGGUUGGGUGAGAGUCCGAUGGGCUCUGCUCGUCCUCUUCUGGUUGGGCUGGGCUGGUAUGCUAGCCGGAGCUGUGGUCAUCAUUGUUCAAGCCCCCCGCUGCCGACCCCUUCCUGUGAUGGAAUGGUGGAACAAGGGCCCCAUCUACCAGAUCGGGAGCCCCGAGACCUUCCAGGACUCUAACGACGAUGGGGUCGGUGAUAUUCAAGGUAAGUGGCCACGGAGCAUCAAUGUGCUUGUAUGGAGUGUUCUUGGCUUAUUACCACCGAGCCCAUAGGCACCUGCUGUGAAACAGAUUUCUGGAGUUUGCAGUAAUGUGUGUGGUAGUUUCCUGUUCCAUUGUGACUUUACUAUGCCGGUAAUGUGUGCUGAUGUGAGUGUGACACAGCAUGACUGAAUUGCAUCAGACACAGGAACCAGUGCCUGCCCUAGCCUGCCUACACAAAACGAUUACACCAGCUGCCUCCCAGCCAUUCAAAACCUUUUUGUAUACGUCAUGAUUAAAUCUUCUGUAAUUACUCAUUAGAAUUCUGUUUUGUACAAGAUGAUAAAUGUAUAUAUUGUAUGUGCUGAUGGAACGUUGGAACCUUAAGGAAUGGGUCCUACAACUACAGUCUGCAGGGCAAAAUAUGCCACUAUUGGUCUCUAAAAUUGUGAAUACUUAAGGAUUUAGUGUAACUUAAGUUUUUUUGUUUUUUUUUUCAAAAUGUAUCUCUUCACUGUCCAAGCAGUAGAUUGUUAAAAUUAAUAAGGAAAGUUAUAGUUCCAGAGAGAUGGAGUGAGGCUUCUACCUACAAACAAAAGGGUACAUAACACCACAGAAAGGGGGGGUUGGGGGGGGGAGAAACGAUUUAACCACUGCAUUCAUAUUUUACUUAACAAUUUUCAAGUAUCCAAAUCAUCCUGUUGGGCAGUUAAACACUAUUUCCAAUUUUGUAGUAUUUAAUAAGAAAGGUUGGUAUACCUAGUAUCACUCUGGGGGGGAAAAGUCAAGAAGCCAUUGUCUAAUAGUAAAGUGUGGUGUUUGAAUGAACAAUGAACUGAAAGCUGUAUUUGAAAGAUUGUGGGCAAAAUAGCUGAGCUUGAACAUAUCUGCAGUGUUGUCAGAUUGCUUAUUCUGGCAUACAUUCCAAAUUUGGUUUUUAGAUCUCCACAGUUAACAGUGUAUUGAAUAAAUCCAGGUCUUGUUGUAAGUAAGGAGCUAACUUUGAGACAGAAUUGUAUGUGCUUAGUAAAUCCUUUGCAUUAUAGGCUCUCAUAUCCAUUUUUUUUUCCCACCAGGAAUACAUAAUCGUUUGGAUUCUCUCAGCUCCUUGAAAGUAAAAGGUGUACUAAUUGGACCUCUGCAUGUCACUCGAGAAGACGACUUUAUAAGUACUGAACUCACAAAUAUUGACCCAAAAUUCGGGACUGAAGAAGACCUCAGUCAACUAUUUGUAGCUGCCCACAAGAAAAGUGAGUACUCUUUAUUUAGUCAAAGGGACACUAUAGGUACCAAGUGUAUUCCUAACACUAUAGUUUUCCUUUAAGUCUGUCACUGUUCAUAGUGGUGAGUACGCCACUGUCCAUUUAGUUUUAGUCAUAGUCUUUUGACUAACAAGCCUUUUUAUUUUUUUUAUUUUUUUAUUAGUCAUCUUAACCCCUUAAGGACCAAACUUCUGGAAUAAAAGGGAAUCAUGACAUGUCACACAUGUCAUGUGUCCUUAAGGGGUUAAAGGAACACUAUAGUCACCUUAACAACUUUAGCUUAAUGAAGCAGUUUUUGUGUGUAUAUCAUGCCUCUCAGGUGUCACUGUUUAAUUCACUGCCAUUUAGGAGUUAAAUCACUUUGUUUCUGUUUAUAUAGCCCUUGUCACACCUCCCCUGGCUGUGACUGACACAGCCUGCAUGGAAAAAAAAAUGUUUUCUGUUUCAUUCAGAUGUAAUUUACCUUUAAACAAUUGUAUCUUUUUCUUCAAAUUGAAUUUUAAUCACAUACAGGAGGCUCUUGCAGGGUCUAGCAUGCUAUUAACACAUAGCAGGGGUAAGAAACUAAAUGAAACAGAACUUGCAAUAAAGGAAUGAUAACUUUAGAUGACUCUUUACAGGAAGUGUGUAGGGUGGGUGUGCAAGUCAUAAACAAAGUGAUUUAACUCCUAAAUGGCAGAGAAUUGAGCAGUGAGACUGCAGGGGCAUGUUCUAUACACCAAAACUGCUUCAUUAAGCUAAAGUUGUUUUGGUGACUAGUGUUCCUUUAAUAGUUUUAGUUGACUAAAUAUCCAGUAGAGUUUAGUCAACACAACUAAAAUCUAAUGGGUUUAGUUAAAGCCUCUAUCUGUCUCUUUUGCCCCUUCCCUAGCCCUUCUGUGCAGUGUUAAUUUUGGCACCAAGUUUCAAUGUACUUUUAGUAAUAGUCUUUUGACUAAGUCGUUUUAGUCGUAUUUUAGUCAUCUGAUAUGUUUAAGUCUACAAAAUAAACCACCGGUGUACUCAAGCCUCAGUCAGUCUCAAACCGUAAGAGGGUGACUGAUAUAGUUGAGAAUUGUAGUAUGAUGUGUGCUUGCUUUAACUCCUUAGUGACUGAUGUCAGCUCCUGCUGUAAUAGCAGUGUGGUUUGUAGAGCUAAUUUUGCUUCCUGGAAGAGCCUGCUUGUUUAACAUCAGUAGCUCUAUGCAGUCCUAAGGUGUAAAAAUAUGUAAGGCCUUCCAUGUCACUUUAAAUGUUAUGAUAGCAUAGUCCAUUUGUUGGGGAUAGCAAUGAUGUGCCCUAUAUAAUGCAGCUUUAUCUGACAGAGUAAUGUGCUGAACUUCCUGUUCUUUUAGGUAUUCAAAUCAUUUUGGACCUUACUCCUAAUUACCUGGGUGGUAAUGUAUGGUUUAACCAGCCUGAAGAAAUCAAUGAUAUCCAGGACAAAUUCAAGGUAAAUGGUUGUUUUUAGAUGAUAUUAAAUGUAUACUUUAAUCUACCUUACAUAGAACUGUAUUAUUUGUGAAUAAUUGUAAGGCAACAAUUCACUGCUUAUAAGUUAUAUAACCCAUCUUGCCUCAAAAAAAACCAAACAACCCAAAUAAAUCACAGUAAAAAAAAUAAAGCUAUAUGUUUCUUUUGUAGCAAGCAAUGACCUAUUGGCUGGAAAAGGGAGCUGGAGGGAUAUAUUUCAGUGGAAUGGAGGACAUUCAUAAAGUGAGUGAUAUGUGGAUAAUCAAUCUAGUGACGAUUCUUAUUAGCGAGAUUUCUCAGUAUUGACUUUUCAUUCUUUCUUCUUUGUAGUAUCCUGAAUUCCUUGAAGAAUUGAAAAACAUUACCUCUAAUUACAGCACUGAAGAGAAAGCCAGGUAAAUUCAAAGACUUCAUUAAAGGGUGCAUUUAUUUUACCUGUUUAUUUAUUUAUUUUUUCUUCUCUUAAUGCUUUUUGUCAAUCUUUACAAUUCUGGUGCUCUGGUAACUCAAGUGACUUUCACAAUUUUAUGAAACCUGUCUGGCUGAAGAGACAUGUCCUGCAAAUAUCCCUCUUUCUGCUCUCUGUAGAGUCCUCUUGGCUUCCACAGAUGAAUCUUACUUUGAAAACGUGCUGACCCUUCUCAACAAGACUGAUGUGGGUCUGCUGUCUUCUCGCUUUUUGGUUGCUGCUAACUCAAGUAACCAGGGUGAAAACCCCUUGGGCAAUCGUAUCACACAAUACCUAGAAGAGGUUGGGGAUCAGUGGAACAGCUGGGCGGUAAGAAUCAAAUGUAGAUUAUUGAUCAUGUGAGAAUUAACAUGCACUCGUAUCUGUUGUUGACUGCCAGCAAUCCAUGAAUCAAUAGCAUUGGGUCUCUAGCAGAGCAUGUCACCCAAAAACGUCAAAAGGCUUUCCAUCUGUAUUGCACUGCUAUGUUUGUGUCACUCAGGAAUUCAAUUAGUAGCUAAAAAAGAGAUUCCACGGAGUUACAUAAUGCAUACCAUCUAACACACUUCAGGAUCUUAAUGGUUUGUUUUUGUUUUGUUUUUUUGUGUGCACAGAUUGGGGGACCACGGGUAGGACACUUGGCAUCUUUGGUUGAAGAAAAUCUGCUGCAUGUUUACCAGUUCCUGCUAUUCACUCUUAAAGGCACACCAAUCACUCAGUAUGGGGAUGAAAUAGGACUCAGGGAUCUGUCUGAACAGGUAUGUUCUUUUUAUUCAUAGAGGCUGGAACCAACAAUUCUAGCAUGUAAUGCUAUAAUUCAGUGGGUGCAGUGCUUGAAUUUUUUUUAACAUUUAUUUUUGGUUGUCACGCAGCCGGCAUCUUCUCAGAAACCCUUUAUGCAGUGGGAUGAUUCUGUGUUCUAUGGCUUUUCCAGUAAGAUCCUACCACAACAAUCCAAUAUUAAUGCAAAUAUCUCAUUCAAGGUAAGAGUAAAGACCUGAACACUUAGCCAAACCGCAUAAAAUAUUUGGAUGGCAAGCAUUGUGGUUAAUGCAUAACUUUUUUAAAAACUUUUAAUCCAUGAUUAUGAAUACUAAGAGUGCCUCACAAUAAGCACUUUUUAGCAUUACUUUGGUAAAUCAUACCCAGGUGACUAAAAGGGAACUGCACUAAGUUUCAUAAAAUUAUGAGCCAUCAUGUGACAAUUUGCCUGAAGUGUCAUAGUUAGCAAUUAUUUUAGAAUUAUGACAUUCAUAUUUAGUCAUUCACACAUUUUCCUUGCAGCCUUGUGUCUUCUCUUAAGUUCUUCUUCCUCUUUUCCUUGUCAGUAUGUCACGAGUCAGCACUUCAAUCUCCUGCACAGCAGGAUGUAGUGUCAGACACCCCAAAUCACACAAUUUAGAGAAUAUUUACUACGCUACUGGCCAGGCCUUAAAAGUUGCACACCAUUGUGAGCUGGAUGGAUCCAUCGCACUGUCACCAGGCGUACAUUUCUCAACGCUUUGGAUGCAGCCCACACCUGUAAUCUAAAACUGUUAGAGGAGUUUCCUGGCACCCAAAGCCAGGUACACCUGCUACAGUUUGGCUAAUGAUGACAUAUUAGCUCUCCAAAUUUGGGCAACAGUAAUAGGCUAAAAGCUUUGGGGGUGGGUUAGUUCAGUGCUUUCAAUCUACUAUUGCCUCGCAAAGUUGGAUGGCUUAUUCUUUAAAAUUCCUGGUUUGUUGAAUAGCUCUGCUGUUCCAGAAAAAUCUGAAAUGCGUGUUGUGUUACUUGAAGUCUAAACUAGACUCCCUAUUACAAAUGAAAUUGUUCUAUAAAUGUGUUGAGCAGGAAGAUGGUUAUCCUGUUUUUUUUAUUUUUUUUAUUUUUUUUGUACCAUGCUUGCCUGCAGCCUGUGACCUUUCCUUUAGUACCUGCAUUCUACACCUAUCUUGGGGAAAUCUCUGCCCUUUGCUCCUAGACUUGCUUUCUGCAAACAGCCUGAUUAAUUCUUGCUGUAGUUGGCAUUCCAGACACCGGGAAGCUUUAUGCUUUCCUGACUCAGCUGAUUGUAUUGUUUUAGGCUUCAGUUAAUCCAGUUCCAACCAGCUCUUGGCUACAACCUUUGUUCUACUUAGCAACAGGCCCCAGCUGAAAACAUAGGAAGGCAAGCACUAAAGUCAUUUCCUAAAGAAAACAUGCCCAAGGUGAUCAUCUCUGCCCCACACAAUGACUGGACUACACUAUCCAAUAUAGGGGGGGGGGGAUUAUUAUUAAUUUUUUUUUUUUUUUUAAAUAUAAACAUUUUGUAGAGGUUUUUGUUUUAACUGCUUUUCUACAUACAUUACAGCCCAUUCAGUCAUCACUGGAGAGAGUACAACAUAAUGGCCGUGUGAAUAAACUUAGACACUGACCUCGGGAACUGGGUAGAAGGGGAAGAAAAGAAUGUGAGGGGGGAAAACAAAUGAGGGAAACCAUAAAUAUAUUCCCAAUGUUAUAAGCUUUUUCACUCCCACCCUCCCAACCCUCCUCCGUGCUGUUGCCAAGCGACAUUCUCUGGGACACAUGGCCUUCUUUGCAAUCGUUUAACUCUGUCACUGCAAUGGAAGCGCUACUUGUGGUUGUUCGGAAGAUAGCAACUAGAGGUGGAUUUAAAACUGCAAUGUAAACCUGUUUUACAUUGCAGGGUUAAAAGGACAGGGUCAUUGCACCCAGACCACUUCCCUUUAACUGCUGAGUCACUGAAAUAGAUAAAGGGCUAAUUCGACAAAGACCAGAUCAAUGUUUUGUGUAGUUUUGAAACCAAUGACCAUUGUAACACAGAUAGAACUGUUAACAAACAUGCUUUCUGUUUAAAGGCACAGGAAGAAGAUGCAAACUCCAUGUUGAGCAAAUACAAGCGCUUGAGUGAGCUUCGUGGAAAAGAACGAGCGCUCCUCCACGGUGACUUUCAUAUUCUACACAACGGUGACCGCGCUCUGGCUUUCCUGCGCAGUUGGGACCAGAAUGAAAGAUUCAUCUCUGCAUUGAACUUUGAUCCAAACGGCAAGGUGGACAUGAAGCUGGUUGGACAUGACCUACCAGAGCAGGGCUCUGUGGCGUUGAGUUCAGAUCCCCAGAGGAAAGAGGGGAGCAGCGUCUCACUGACACAAUUUACGCUGGCACCAGGGGAGGCGUUACUACUUAAAUAUCCAUACAAUGGUUAACCAAAUGUCACCAUACAGGGGCAUUACUAAUACAUUCCAUAUGCUGACCCACCCUAACUACUCUACGCUAAGGUACAUGUAAUAUCAUUCCUUCAGGAUCAGAGUCAAAAAGUGUUAUUGUGAAUUAAUUUCUUGUAGUCGGGAAGCAGCCAACAUAGUUCCAGAGGGUAGAAAUGUACAAUAAAAGGCUCCUGAAACGCGUUAACAGCAAUAAGCAAAGUGUGUAUCUCCCUUAAUCCCCUACUUUCAUGAGGGAUAGUGAGAAGUUCUGGAAUAUGUGUAUGUGUGUGCACACCUAAGUGUGGUUUCUAAUCAUACAAUAUAUAUUAUGCAUGCAGUUUUUACCCUAAAUUUUUAUUUCUUAUUUUUAUAAAUUCUAUAUUUGAAAGGGGUGUCUUUGCUUGUUUAUACAGUAUUUAAUCCUUUUGAGAGCUUUUACAUUUGGGCUGCUUUUAGGAAGAGAUGAUGCUAUGUGUACCAGUGUGUAUAGGGAAUAGUUAAUAUGAAGCUACAUUAUUUUUUUUCUGGUCAGCAAACCAAUCCAACUACAAUAAAAUGAGCAUCUGCAAUCUAAAUUGUACACUUUCUUUAUAAUUUACAUGCAGUUUACUCUUACAUUCACUAUGUAUAUACAUUCAUUACGUACAUUCUCAACUGUUCGAUACCUUUUUGUUUAGGGAUCUACUACUAGCAACUCAUUAAAG